AUGUCAUCGAAGAUGUCCUGCGCGGGUUGCCUCACGGUAGUUAAAGGUAAAGACUAUUUAAAAUGCAGCAAGUGCCACAGCGUUUACGACUUGGCCUGCGCAGGUGUGAGUGAAAAGCGCUUCACCAGCUUUUACAGCUCCUCAACAGCAGCGGGCAAAGAGCGUCGGGCAAUUUGGACAUGUCCAGCGUGCUUGUGCAAUGCCCCGAAGGGCGAUAACUCCAGCACACCUCUGCGAUGCCAUAGCGAUGGAUAUGGUUCGCCUCCUUCAUCGCGCGUGGUUGCUACCGGGUCUCCCAACUCUCCUACCGACAACGUCACUCAGCGCAAGAAACCUGAUGUUGAUUUAAAUGAACCACAACACGCUAAACAACUCCGUUCUUCUCUAAGAGACGGAGACACUACUGUUUUUACCAGAGGAGAUUUCCAGGAAUUUAAGAGAAUGAUCGCAGAACAGUUCCAGAAGAUGAAUGAUAUGAUGAAUAACUUUCAGCAAUCGUUAUCUUUUUUCAACGAUUUUUAUGAAGAGACAAAGAAAUCUAUGGAGGAUAAGUCGGCGAGAAUAAAGAAGUUAGAAAAGGAAAAUGUCGAGUUAAGGAGCACUUUGGGGGACGUCAUGAAACGCUUGAACACAAUUGAUCAGCAAUCGAGAUCCAACAAUAUAGAAAUUCAGUGUGUGCCUGAGCAUAGGUCUGAGAAUGUUGUCAGCACUGUGCUGCAACUUGGAACAGUUGUUGGCUGUAAAAUAGCUGACACUGAUAUUCUCCAUGCUACUAGAGUGGCCAAAAUAGACAACCAGAGUAACAGACCCCGCUCGAUUGUUGUCAAAUUCACCACUGUUCGUAUUCGGGACUCCCUCUUGGCUGCGACCAUCAAUUACAAUAGGAAAAAUCCAAAUGAAAGAUUGAACAGUGCUUUUCUCGGCAUUGCAGCGAAAAAGCCACAACCCAUCUACGUAUCUGAACAUUUGUCUGUGCAUAACAAAUCACUUCACGCGGCAGCUAGAAUUAAAGCCAAAGAAAUAGGGUACAGAUUCGUAUGGGUUCGCAACGGCAGGAUUUUUAUGAGGAAAACCGAAUCAUCAGAAUGUAUUUCCAUCAACAAUAUAGAUAUACUUAAGUCUCUGAAGUGA